AUCCUGUCGCCAUGUUGAAUGUUUUCAGAGAAUGUUCAUGAAAUAUCGCACCUGACCUUCAAGUGUACGAUGGCAGAUGUCCAAGAGGAUUUUGCAAACUUGUCCCUGAAUGAAAAAUCAGGAAAUAGACUGGAAUUGCUGACCGAAAUUCAGAAACAAAUUUGUGUUGCAAUUCGCUCUCUUGAGGCCGGAAGUGACUGGGUAACAAACGAGCAAGUUCGGCACAUCUUACUUCAAGUAAACAAGAAUAUAGAUUUGAUAAAAGCCUCGUGCAACGAUGAAGAGUCAUCUGGUUUGAGGACUGUUGGUAAAGUAAGCCAGGGUGAAUUACAAGCAUGGGAGAGGCUGGGGGAAGGUGGAUUCUCAAGUGUGUAUAAAGCUAAGCUUAAAGGGAAUGAUGUUGCCGUCAAAGUGUUAAAAAAUCUUAAAGAAACAAGACCUCUGCUUACAGAAGGAAAUCUGUUGAGAGAUCUUCGGCAUGAUAACAUUAUUGCAUUUAGAGGAAUGAACAUUUUGGAGAGAGAUGUCUCAUUUGAGAAAUUCACCCUCAAAGCAGGAUGCCCAUUUCUGGUCAUGGAAUACAUUCCUAAGAACUUGUAUAGAUUUGUAGAGGAUCACAAAACUCCAGAGUCUCAGGGACUUCCUAAAAGUCAAGUGUGGACCAUUGGUAGAGGAAUGGCCAAUGGUUUGAUGUACCUACACAGUUUAGAUCCUCCAAUAAGCCACAGAGAUUUAAAGCCUGACAAUAUACUGUUGGAAAUCAGAAGCUUACGAGUGAAACUAGCAGACUUUGGUUUAUCAAGAACAGUUGAGAGGAGUGGUAAUGAUCUGUCCUUGUUCCAUGCACGGUGGACAGCACCUGAAGUGUGGGAUGAUUACAUCAUAGAUGAUGAGUAUAAUAUAGAAGAACUGACCGACACAACGGAAGACAAAACUGUUGAAGAAGAGUGCAUAAGCUUGGAUGAUGAGCUUUUCUAUCUGCGCGCUGAUGUCUACUCGUAUGCUCAAGUGGUAGCCUACACCUUGACAGGCAACAUGCCGUGGCAGGGUCGGAACUCUGUCAGUGUACAGGGGAUUCAAAACAACUUGAUAAAGAAGGAGGACAGAGUGGAGUUGCCUGAAGAACUUGGCGGUGUACUGAGGAAAGUUGUUGAGGACUGUCGUUUGGAAAAUCCUGCGAAGAGACCCACUGCUGACCAAUUGGUUUUGGAGUAUUUUAGUGGUGAUGUCAACCCGUACCAAACUGAAGCCAGAAGUGCUGAGUUCUUCUCCUGCGGGUUCCUACAGAACACUUAUAUCUUUGUUGCUGAGAGCUUAGUGGACGAGUCCAGUGAAGGGUAUUUUAAGACAUCAGUUCGUCCGCACGGAUUCCCCCCGGAGUGUCUGUUGUGCGCGGUAGAGGUCGGCAACGAGGAGUACAACGACGUGCCAAAAGAGUGGGUUUACGAACAGAAGUACAGAGAGCAUUAGGGGCACUUCAGGCAGGCUGCUAUCGACAAAAAGAUUGAAGACAAUCCUGCCAUUGCCCUCAAAACAUUGAUCACCUCCCGGGAGGAGGAAGAAGAGAGCCAAGAAAUACAACUGAUGUUCGGACAGUCAACCUACUGUCAUCAUAGAGCCGUUCGGGAGAUCUGGAGGAACCUAGAAGACUCUAAAAAAAGAGAGUUUGUUGUGUGUAAGACUACGGUUCAUCCGGUGUUCAGCACAUCUUUUGGCCUCCAUGUUGCUGUGCUAACUGCGGACAAACCUCAGAAAUUCAUCUUUGCUAGAAGGGCCAAUAGAGAGGGAAUGGCAACCCCAGGAAAAUUUACCUGCGGGGCUGUGGAAAGUGCCUCAGUCAAGGACUACAUUUACAAAAACGGCAAAUCUUACGUAGAUCUGAUCCAAACCGCUGCGCGAGGACUGGAAGAAGAGCUGCGAGUAGAGUUGAAAGAUAGGGACAUCGAGGCUCUUUGCCUCACAACAGUUUACCUCAAGUUCGACACACAUGAGUGGGGUUGCUGUGGUUACGUAGACCUGUCGGAUGAACGAGUGGCUUCCGAGCGACGACUGACGUUCGAGCAACUCGGCUCUCGGUUCACGACGGGUCCUAAAGAUAAGUUUGAGCACGAAGAAGUAGUGGCUGUUGACUUCGAACUGUCGCGGAUGGUGGAGUUCGUGCGAGAGAACUACGAAGAUUUUGCUAGCUCGGCCAAGCUAGUAGUGGUGAAGGUUUUGCAGUCGUUUUUCGGAGUCGCUGCCGUGGAAAGAGCUUUUCGCGUUUAUCUAGAAGAUGGAGAUGAUACUUUACCAAAGCAGAUUCCAUCUUGAACAAAUUUAGUGAUUAAUGCUUUACUUUUCUUUCUCUUCUCAGUGAGAGCCUGACUUAAAAUUACUGUAGUCUCUGUUUGGAAAGAAUAGCCUUGCAAGGGUACAUUUAUAAAGCAUAUUAGGAACUUGGGACUCGGUUGGGUCCCCAACGAGCAGUUUGUAUUUCAUUGUUAACUCUGCCUUUAUUGACUCAAGACUUAAGUUCAUAGUAUGUCCCAUUCUAGCUAAUCAUGCAAGUGCAACAACCGUGUAAACAUGUCUUUUGUUGUGUUUUCA